AUGGCAUUAAAACUGGGUUUUUUUGUCUUAACGCUCCUUGUUGGAAGCUUGGCAAAACCCAUUGAAGAAGAUGACAUGUCCAUAUUCUUCGACCACACAAACCCCGAAGCCCGAAUAGUUGGAGGUGCAGAAGCGGGACUAGUUCCUUGGAUGACUGCCCUAUCCAACGGCGCAUUGAUCAGGAACUUUGUGUGUGGGGCCUCUCUUAUCACUAACAGACAUUUCCUUACAGCGGCCCAUUGUAUUCGAGCAGUUUACAGUGGGAGUUUGAGCAGAAACCUCCGUGCUACAGUAGGAACUAACCGAUGGAUGUAUGGCGGAGUCCAUUACAAUAUUGCCAGAAAUAUCACCCACCAGCACUACGUCCACGCGGAUAUUAAAAACGAUAUAGGAAUACUGGUCUCGGCCAGUACUAUUCGUUUCACCAAUGCUAUCGCUCCAGCCGUACUCAACUACAAUAAUGUUGGCGCUGGAGUUGCUGUUACUGUCAAUGGAUGGGGACACAGAAGGUUUAACGGUGCCGUCUCUGGAACGCUGAUAGAACUUCAAACAAGAACUGUCGAUGGUGAGUUCUGUAAGACGGAAGUACCUCGCGUCGGCCAACAGUUUAACAUUCGAGCGCCCUCUGUCGACCCACGUUUGGAAAUCUGUGCACUGCAUUCUGUUAACCAAGGAACUUGUAACGGUGAUUCUGGCAGUGCGCUUGUAAGGAGUGACAACAAACAGCAGAUCGGUAUCGUGUCUUGGGGCAUUCCCUGCGCUCGCGGCGCUCCAGACAUGUUUACCAGAAUCAGCGCAUAUAGAAGCUGGAUCGAACGCGCUAUACGAUAG